AUGGUAUGGGAAAAAGCAUCAGUGAGGAGUUAUUUUCACCUUGAAACAUUUAAUUUUGUAAACAAAGUCAGCGGAGAUGAUAAAGUAGAAAGUGAUUCGGAAUCAGAUUCUGUAAUAAUAAUAGAGACUCCAGAUGAAGUUUAUAAUAAAUUUAUAGAGUUAUUGUAUGGGAAGAUCUCUGAGCUAAAUUCGUUGAGAAAUGAAAUUAAUGAAAAUUCCCGUAAAAAGUGUUUAAACAUCACACUGGAACACUUAGUUAACAUUUCAGUAUCAUUACACAUUAGUAUAGAAAACCUUAUAGACGAUGUUUGUAAUAAAUUUGGGAUUGACAACGACCAGAUUAACUCGUUAAAGGCUCCAUUGGAUGAUUCUAUACCUGUUUCACUCUUUCAAUCAAAUCUACAUCAAAUUUCUUUGACUCAACCGAAUAAUAAUGACAAUUCAGUUGUUUUGGAAAAUUUGAAUGAUUGUGUAAACUUGAAUAAUGAUAUAAAUUUGAAUCAAGAGAAGAAAAUAUUUAUGGUAAAUAAAACAAUAAGUGAUGUCGAUGAUAAGGAUAUAAAUAUGUUAGAUUUAGAAAAUUUGGGACUCUCGGAAGAAACUAAAAAGCUCCUGGGCAUUAACUAA